GUAACAGCAGCACUGCCCGGAGGAAUCUUGUUUCCAGGCCGGGCUGGAUACACAGAGACGUGACCACGUGGACAGAGUCCAUCCUCGGAGCCUGUUCAGGAGUGAUAUGCGGCGAACACGAGGAGUGCAGAUUGUCCAGAACGAGGCUGCCUUUCUGUACGUCGGCCAGUACACUGAAGGAAAAGGAAGAAAUCACCACAUCUGCCUCAAUGGCAACAGGUUCUUGGAUGAGGAAGGAAACGCCUUGGUCCUUAAUUCAACAGUAUGUUCAACUGACAAAUGAAGAACUGAAGCAUAUCUUCAUCAACUCCAGUCUCAUCUUCAGAGUGAAAACCUGCAAUGAUGCUAACUUCCGACUUGGCAGAUCUGGACCAGAUACAGUCGUUAUAGGGGGUAAAAGAAAUACUAAGAUGUGGAUCAAUGGAUGUGAAAUAAAUCAUGCACAUGGGAUUUUGUCCUGCACAGAGUUCAGAUCAUUCUGGUUUACGUUUAAGAAUAGUACCAUUUCAGUUGGGAGAGGGGAGAAGGUUGGGGAGCGUGGCCUCAUGAAUUGCAGUAUCCGUGGCAACAAGGCAUUCGGAAUGUAUAUAACUACGUUCAUAAAAAAUCCUGGAACAUGGCUGUUCCGAAAACGUACCGGUUAAAUUGAAAACCAGCGAUAAGCAUCUUUCAUGGCAGCAUCAUAUUUGGUACACGUUCAUAAAUCGACCUUAAGGUUAAGAUGCUCUCAAUGCU